AUGGCAUCUUCCGAUGAUGACUACCGCAUCGAAGAAGCGUCUCCAACGGGUGGUAAGGUUUUCAAUGACCCAAAGGAGGGCGAAAUGUUACGACGCAGUCUCCAGUACCUCGCCCAGAGAGUGGGAGGUGCUGUCCUUUCUGGAAAUGUGAACUUCACCCGUAUGUCGAUGCCAGUACAUCUCAACGAGCCACGGAGUUUACUCGAGAGAAUCACAGAUGACUGGGCUUACGCACCCCACUUUCUCAUGGCCGCUGCUCGUUCGAAAGACCCUGUUGAACGCUUAAAGUUGGUGGCCGCUUUUGUCGUUUCAGGCCUUCAUUGUAUGAAGACACUAGGCAAGCCAUUCAAUCCUAUUCUAGGUAGCACCUAUCAAACUACUCUUGACGAUGGAACCCCGUGUUAUGUUGAGCAGACUUCCCACCACCCGCCAGUCACCCAUUACUAUAUCAAGCCGGAAUCUGGAGAGUAUUUGCUCGCAGGUUUCAGCGGUAUAGACGGCAGGGUCGCCUGGGGUUUGGAUACAGGACUCAGUACAAGACGAAUCGGUAUAAAUGUCGUACAGUUUGCAGAUGGGACGCGAAUAGUCUACAAUUUACCGCGUAUGCUCGUCCGAGGCCUGGGCGCGGAGCGCAAAGCAGAAUUUUUAGGUCCAUUCAAUGUGCUUUAUGAAGCGCACAACCUUGUCUUUGAUUUCUUACUGGAUCCACCUCAACCGUUCUGUUGGUCUCCGUUUGGUGCGACUACGCCAUCCGAUUAUAUGGACGGCGUACUUUAUCGUCUAUCCCAGAACGCAAGCCCUGAGAAUGACUCAAUCGUGUUUACGGGUGCGUUUCAAGACCGAAAAGGGGCAUUCUUUGGCAACCCAGACGAGGCAAGAAAGAUUGCUAACGAGGAAAACUACACUGCUGUUGAGCUCCGCACAGAUGAGCAAGUAUCACUCUCUGUAACAUCCGCGACGCAGGAGCGCAGCAGCAGCAAACCCUCGGCAGAACAAAACGAAGCAACGGAUCGUGAAAUCAUAUGUUUUGCACGUGGUUCGUUCCUGGGGUAUUUCGACGUGGAUGGGACACGUCUGUGGGAUAUUCGCCACACUCCAAAAUCGGAGCUCACGCCAAGCAAUAUGGAAAAUGCGAUCGGAAGUGACUGCCGGUAUCGUGAGGACGUGGAUAUGCUUCGCAAGGCAUUGGAUGAGGUCAAUGAUGAAGCGACCAGGGAGAGGCUAACGGUCGAAGCGCAGGCGUUGAAGGAAAAGCUGGAAACCAUUCAAAGGGCUGAUCGAAAGUGGCGUAAAGAAGGGCUUAUCAAUGAAACAGAAAAGAAAACUCUAUCAGAUGGAGGGAAAAUAGGAAGCGUCCAAGACGAGUGUUCCUUUGAUGUGAGUGGCGGACAAAUGUUGAGAGACGGCAUUGGUGGUACGGUGGAAGAAACCCCCUUUUUCCCAACAUCGUUGCAAGCAUAA